UGACUGCUCUGCUGUCCUACCAUAGCAGACUCUGGUAGAGAAAAGGAUUAUGAUGCAGGUCCUUAGGGUGAUACAGCUGUCACCAUUCUGGAUAUAUAGAAAAGGCCUUGAUGACUGCCUCCAGCAAUACAUUAAAAAUUUUGAAAGGGAAAAAAUCAAUGGAGAACAGCUGUUGCACAUCACUCAUCAAGAACUUGAAGAACUGGGAGUCACUCGCAUUGGACACCAAGAAUUGAUCUUAGAAGCAGUUGAUCUGCUCUGUGCAUUGAAUUAUGGUUUGGAGACAGAAAACCUGAGAACACUCUCUCAUAAGCUGAAUGCCUCAGCCAAAAAUCUUCAGAACUUUAUAACGGGUAGAAGGAGGAGUGGCCAUUAUGAUGGCAGGGCCUCCAGACGACUGCCAAAUGAUUUUCUUACCUCUGUUGUAGACCUGAUUGGUGCUGCCAAGAACUUGCUAGCCUGGCUGGACAGGUCUCCAUUUGUCAGUGUGACAGAAUACUCAUUGCUGAAAAACAAUAUUGUUCAACUGUGCCUGGAAUUAACAACCAUCGUGCAACAGGAUUGCACAGUAUACGAAACAGAAAAUAAAAUUCUUCAUGUGUGUAAAACUUUGUCUGGAAUCUGUGACCACAUCAUCUCUCUCUCAUCUGACUCUCUGGUGUCUCAGUCAGCCCAUCUUGAAGUAGUUCACCUUACUAGCGUUAUGCCCAGUGAGGGCUUGGGGAUGUAUAUCAAGUCAACAUAUGAUGGGCUGCAUGUAAUCACUGGGACUACUGAAAAUUCUCCUGCAGAUCAGUGUAAGAAGAUCCAUGCAGGGGAUGAGGUGAUCCAGGUCAACCAUCAAACUGUGGUUGGCUGGCAGUUAAAGAACCUUGUAAAUGCAUUGCGGGAAGACCCAAAUGGAGUGAUCUUAACCUUGAAGAAACGUCCUCAAAACACUCUGGUUUCUGCUCCUGCACUUCUGAAGAAUGUGAGGUGGAAGCCUCUAGCACUUCAGCCUGUGAUUCCAACCAGUCCAACAAGCAGCUCCACAACACCAACCAGCACAAUGGGCAUGUCCUCAAAAAUUGACAGCUCUGCUCUUCAGGACAUUUUCAUCCUCUCUCCCAUGUCAGGACUUUAUGGCCCAAGGGAUGAAAUUGGAAUAAUGUCUUGUGAUGACAUCAGCAAAUAUGGAAAGUCUGGAAUGAAAGGCUCCGAGUCACCUAGCUACUUUCUGGAGCAUGAAAGUGGGAAGUAUUACACAUUAAUUGAAGAUGAGGGCCAUCCAAUGGGCUCUGAGUAUGAGAGAGGCAGAACUACAGGAGUUCGGAGAAGAGAAAAGACACCCACUCAUGGUGACUUGAGGCCUGUUUCUAUGCCUACAGAGUUCAGCUGGAUAGGGGAGUCAAAAGAACCGAACAUGUACAAGAGAGGCAGCCGAGACUCGGAGAAUUCACUCCUACGAUACCUGAGUGAUGACAAGAUCUUGGUGAUCCAAGAAGAGCCUUUGACACAGAAAGACAACAAGAGAGACACAGGCCGCAGGUCAAGGAAAAAGGGCAAAAACACAAGUAGUCCGAACUAUCCAAUUAGCCCAUCUAUGUUAACAUCUACUGUUAGCGUUAGGCUGGAACCUGGGCAGCAAGAUGUCCUGAAUUUCUCACUAGCUGAAAGCAACACUGUUCCACUGUACCACAGAGCAGGGGAGACAAUCGGUGGAGAUUCUGAAAGGUACGCUAGUUCUGCCAGUGACCGUCAAGGGAGCACAUCCAUGAGGAAGUCUUUCCACUACGCUUCCCUGAGGGUAAAAACCAAAAAAUGGUCCAAAGGGAGCUCUCUGACUAGUGGGAGCAGGAGGCGGAUUUCCUGCAAAGACUUGGGCCAUGGAGAUUGUGAGGGCUGGCUGUGGAAGAAAAAAGAUGCCAAAGGUUACUUUACACAGAAAUGGAAAAAAUACUGGUUUAUUCUGAAGGAUUCUUCACUCUACUGGUACACAAACCAGAAUGAUGAAAAAGCAGAAGGAUUCAUCAGUUUACCUGAGUUCAGGAUAGAUAGAGCCAUUGAAUGCAGAAGGAAACAUGCCUUCAAAGCAUGCCACCCCAAAAUUAAAAGCUUUUACUUUGCAACUGACUGUCUUGAAGAAAUGAAUAGAUGGAUGAACCGUCUGGGUCUUGCAGCCAUUGGUUAUACACCUGAUGACAAGAAUAUUCGGCCAGAUGAAGAUUACUGGAGUGAAAGUGACCAGGAUGAUAUUGAUGGCUCUUUAACCCUGAAACAGGAAGGCCCUUCAACACUAUGUGACACCUACCAUCGAACACCCUCAGUGAAUUCUUCAAGUCCAUUCCCUGAACCCAAACAUGGUCGACACUUUUCAAGCGAAUCUACCCACUCUUAUUCUUCUGUGGAGGAUUCUCGACAAGAUGCCACAGGAAGUACACACUUGUCAGGAUGCAGACCUCCCUAUCGAGAGAGGCGCUCAUGGCAGGACCUGAUAGAGACCCCCUUAACCAGUUCUGGCCUCCAUUUUCUUCAGACUGUUCCUCCUGACCCAGAAUACAUGAGUGGCCGACCUGGAAUGUCACCAGAGAAGCGAAGACAGGCAACAUUACCAGUCCAAAGACGUCACAAUCAGGAACGAGAUGGACCUUUCCCUUUGGUGGAGUGGCAAAGAGGAUAUAGUUCUCAUAACAGGCCCCAGAAGCAACGUAGUCAAAGCCUUCCACGAAACAGAGAUGUCAGGGGCAAAGGGCAUGUGAAGUCUUCAGGCAUAACAGAAGAGAAGCCUGAAGAGAAACUUAUAAAAAAGCAAAAUAGUUUCUGUGAAGAAGAAAACAUAAAGGAAAUCAGGGAAAGUACAGAUGGUCUGCAAGAGCUGUACAAGUCUUUGGAACAAGCCAGCUUGUCAGCCUUUGGAGAGCAGCGUCCUUCUACCAAGCAGGAAUUCCGGAAGUCUUUUGUAAAGAGGUGCAAUGAUCCAAUUAUCAAUGAAAAACUUCAUCACAUCAGAGUUCUCAAGAGCACUUUAAAAGCAAAGGAAGGGGACAUGGUAACUAUCAACAAUCUUCUGGAUGAUCCCAACUUGACAUCAAAGAAGUUCAAAGAAUGGAAGCUAAAGAACUAUGAAUUUUUCCUGGACAUUUUGUUUCAUGGUAAAAGAAAAACAUCUGCUUCUGAAGAUGGUAGCUAUGGCAGUUUUCAUAAUCACACCACUGUGAAUUUCGUGCCACAAACCUGUGAGUCAUAAUUAUUAAAAUAUUGUAAUCUGAGGCUUCAAGACUGAGAAUUAAGUAAAAGAUUCUUGAACUGAUCAAUUGUUUGUAUAUCAGACUGUCAUAAAGCUGGGUAAAGAAUUCAUAUUGUUCAAAAUUAUUCACCAUAUAAUUUUUUAUCUGUAGAUACUUCAUGAACAAGUUAAUUGCAAGUAUUCAAUUCAGUAUUUGAAAUUCAAUCUGUAUUAGUUAGUUUUAAAUGGAUGAAUAAAAUCACAUGGUUUCUUUCUGUUCAAUUCUUAGAAAUUUGAAGAAUCAGAUUUUUGGAGUGAAUACUUGCAUUUAUGAAAACAAAAUCUGCUUUCCAUAAAUAUUCUUGAAGAUGCACUUAAAACUCAAGUUUCUGCAAACGUUCCUGCUUGUGAACUUAUUUAUUAGAAUAGUCUCAGAAAGCAAACAGAACAAUCAAAGCAAUUUCAUAUAUAAAUUCAAAUAAAUAUUUGCAGAAAAAUGUUUUUGCAGUAUGUGCCCAGUUCUAGUUUCACAGAAGAAAUCAAAUUGUAAAGUUCAAAUUAUUUGUUGUGAUAUGAAAUGGAAAAAAAAUGGCUCAAGGAGAUAAAUUUACUUACUUUAUAGAGACCAGAAUUUAGUGAGAAAGCAUCGUUUUGUUUAGUUCAUUUACGAUAUGGUACCUGAAAAAAAGGAAUACUACUUACUUAUUUUUCUGUUAUCACUAUUACACCACCAUUUAUUUGAACCACAAUGGACACAGUGGUAAAAAAAUUCACCCUGAAAUAAUUCCAAGAUAUAGUUAUAUUAUUAGUAGAAGAGUAUUACUGACCUUUAUAUUGGGUUCUCUGCAUCACACCAGCUCUUGAAUCAUGAAAUCAUUGCAGUACAAUUAUAAUUACAGUUGGAUAGAACAUACAUUUAGGUCCCUAAUUCGACAAAGCAAUUAAGUCCAUGCUAGGUCCCAUUCAGGUCAAUGGGUCCGUAAGCAUGGGCUUAAAAGGGUAUGAUCCUGCUGCUGUUUAAGUUAAUGGCAAAAUUCCCAUUGACUUCAGAGGAGCAGGAUUAAACCCUAAGUGCUCUGCUGAAUAGUGAUGGAUUUAAGCAUGCACUUAAAGUUAAGCCUGUGCCUAAGUGCUUUGCUGAACUGGAGCAAUAAUGAAGGUGCAGGGAAUAGACCGAGAAAAACUUGCCAUCACACAUUCACCAAAAUCAGAGUUGUGAUAUUCAUGCAAACAGUAAACACAAAUCUGAAUGUAUUUACUAUGUGAACAUUUUAAUUAGUGCACCACUGAAUAGAAAGAGCAUGAGAAGAGGUAUCUUUCUAACUUUUGUUCAUAUCAGAUCUAUAAAUAUUAUAGAUAGAUAUAGAUAUCUCACUAUUUUUUUAUUGCUGUCCUCCAUAUGAUGUGGAAGGAGUAUUAUGUAUUGAAAUAAGCAAUGGUGUAAGGUGGAAAAGCCACUUUGAAAUUGUACUGCAUACUGUAUAUGCACUAACAAGAAGCUAUUGGUCACAGAAUACUAAUUAAAUGGAUUGUGCUUUUGGUGUUCUUACUGAGAUUUAAACAGCUGCAUUUUGGUUCAAACCCAAACCACAGUCUGUGCUUUUGUACUAAGAUUUUAAAACAAUAUUCAAGAGGGAUUCCAUUGUAUUGUAACCCAAAGAUCAAAAAAUGCCACUUG